CCUGGCGGCGGCUCUUAGUUGGCGUUGUGGGCAUCUGAAACGCCGGAGACACCGGCCGUCGUUUCCCCUCCUUCUCCUCCAUGGCGGCUCCAGACGUUGCUGGGCGGCUUCGGGUCGCGGCCGGCGUCCUUCGCUUCCUGCCUCCGUCCGACUCGCGGCCGGAGCGGGCCUGUUAGUAGUGGGGGAGCUCCGUCCGAGGGCUGCAGGCGGCCCAAGGCAGUCUGUCUGCAUGGAAGCUUGUGGGGAUGGUUUGGUAGAGUCAGCCUCAGCAACAGAAUGGUCCUUUUUUGACAUCUUUCUUUCAUCAUAACUUGUGGUAACAACAGCCCUAUUCUGGAUUUCCAUAUAACGAAAGACCUGGAAUUGCAAUCAUGGCUUCACGACGAACAGAUGUUCCUGCUAUUGAGCAUGGCUCUGGAAGCCUCCUAGGAAAGAUGUCCCAGCCAAUUGGAAUGAGCCGCCGGGCAUUCAGUUAUGAUGAUGCCCUGGAGGAUACAGCACCAAUGACUCCUCCUCCUUCAAAUAUGUCCUCCAAUAUCCUAUGGAAAGAACCAGUCAUUCCAGACCGCAAAUAUGAGGAGCUUUCCAAGGUUGAGGAAGAGGAAAUUAGCAUGCAUGCAUCUGCCAUAGUCCCAUCAUCUUCUACUGAGACUGUGAGCAAGGUUCCAGUAGUGAAGGCCAAAGCCACCCACAUCAUCAUGAAUUCUCUCAUUACAAAACAAACUCAGGAGAGCAUUCAGCGCUUUGAGCAGCAGGCAGGGCUGAGAGAUGCCGGAUACACUCCUCACAAGGGCCUCACUGCAGAGGAGACAAAAUACCAUCGUGUGGCUGAGUCGUUCCAUAACCUAAAGAUGCAAAGUGGAGACAUGGCAAAAGAAGAUAAACAGACCUCUUCUGCUCAAUCCACUCCAAGCAGCACUCCGCAAUCCUCUCCCAAGCGCACCUACAGGGGCUGGUUUAGUCAGGGAACCUCCAAUUCCAUCACUGGCCCUGAUCUUGCCUCAAUGGACUCCAGCGGUGGGGAUGGCGAUAAAAUACCAUCGGAAAAAUGGAGCCUCUUUGGACCAAGGACUCUUCAGAGAUCCACUACUAGCACAGGGGGCUUUACCAUCCAGGCCUAUAAAGGUGCCCAGAAGCCAUCUCCAAUGGAACUUAUGCGUGCCCAGGCCACUCGGAUGGCAGAGGAUUCUGCAACGUUUAAGCCCCCCAAGAUGGACAUUCCUGCUAUGGAAGAAAAGAGGCGGUCCCCACGUUCUCAUAACCUCAAGCCUCGGGACAUGAAUGUGCUCACUCCAACUGGGUUCUAGGAACACCUCUGCUUAUAGGGCCUGGUCAUGAUCUUGGGACAAAAUGCUCCUUGUGCUGCUUUUUUUUCAUUCCUUUUACAGUUGACAUAGGGUGGCCUCUUCUAGUUCAGAAUUACAUUUGGUGAUGAAACAUGUCUGAGGAAUUUUAUGGAUGUAUUGAUCUCUUCUCAUUCCAAGCAUUUCUUCUGUGCAGCACAAAUCAUUGUCAUCCUGCCAGUGUAUUUCUGACACAUAGCCUUGUUUUAUAAUGGACACCACAUCAUGUUCAAGUUUUGUUUUUUUGUAGCUUGACUGUCUGAUCUGCUGUGACUGGCUCUUGUGUAGACAUCUGCUUUAUUUAUGCCAGGUUAUUGUAGAGUUGUGUGUGACUUUAGCCUCUUAAAUAUUCCCUAUUUCAACCUUUAAGGGAUUUCAGCAUUCUCUGGUUAAAUGCUUUUUUGAAGUCUUGUUCCUGGAAGGUUUUGAAAAUCUGCUUUGGCUGUUUCAGUUACAAGAGAUCUAUGCCUUAAUGUUGGGACAUGCCCAUUCAAAGGUCUGCAGUAUGCAUGACACGGUUUGUGAAGUCUGUUCCUGACAUUGAAUGGCUCAUUAUAUCAUUGACAAAGUCCUUCAGUCCCAGAGUAUAACAAGUCUCAAACAGAAAAAGGGAGUCAUGGCUAUUACAUGUGGUCUCAAAGGCAUUGGAAAUUUCUAGUGGCACUUUUUGAAAAGAAAGGAUGUGGAAUGGAAGUAAAUUAAUGAGAAAGAGACAAUUGACAUCUAAGUUUAUUCUGGAUAUAGAGGGUUCCAAGGUAAAUAGCUUAUAAUAUGGAAAGAAUCUAGCUGAGCUGCUUAAAUUAGUUGUGAACAUUAAUAACAAGUAAUGUGGUUGUUUCUUUUGACAUGUUUAUGUCAGGCAAGGAAAGACAUUGUGUAUCCAGUCCAAGAUAAGCAAAGCAUAUACAGCCCUUCUUUUCUUGAGCUAAAAGUCCAGCAUUCCUCCUAAUUGCCUGUCCUUGCUAGGGCUUCUGGGAGGUGCAGUGAAACAAUUAAAGGGCUGUACUUCGCCCACUUCUGAUUUCAGCUCUUAAGCCACAGGUUGGCAUUACUUUAUCAUGUAACAGCUUGGAAUAUCUGUUAUAUAGAAGUUCCUUUGUGUAAUGGCAUGUUUAUGAAGGACCUUCUCACUAAGCUUUUUUACUGCCCUAGAGUACCCUGUGACUUUUCUAUAAACUGAGAUUGUGAUAUCACUCAACAACUUGCUAAUGUCUAAUCCUUCUUAUGACCACAUCUUGGAUAUGUGUUCCUUUGACAGCAUUCUGGCUUUUGCCAACUUUGUUUAGUUAUUGUCAUCACUACUUCUACACAGUAAACAGUGAUUCAGCUUUUUGAUUAAUGUUUAAUUUAUUUUGUGAUGUUUUGUGCUCAUGUCUAUCCCUGACUAUUCCAUGGAAUUAAAAACACCCCUUCCAAAUGCA